AUGUGGGGUGGCGAACCGAUCCCAGAGGGGGUGUUGGAGCAGGGACCUCCGCACCAUGCGGCCUUCAAACCGGAGCAGGUAUUGCACCUCCUGAAGACGCUUCGUAUGCCUCCGGAUUGGCAAUAUGCGGCUCCGUCGCAGACCAGCCGCUCUGGGUCUUGUCCUACUGGGUGGAUACCCAUUCUUGUCGAGCACGUCAAGUUGGGUUUGCGGUUUCCGCUUGACCCCAUUCUGACGAAGGUUCUGAAUUGGCUCAACUGCACCCUAGGGCGGCUUUCUCCUACGAUCGUCUUUCAUUCUGUGAUGUAUCGUUUGGCGUGUGACCGUAUUAAGGAAGAUCCCUCCUUCGACGCGUUCCGAUUGAUUUACAACAUCAGAGAUUCGACCAACUGCUGGUCGAUCGGGAGGCGGGAGAAUUCGAUAGGGUUUGUCACCGGGGCGCCUAAGCUGGACUCACCCUGGUAUAGGGAAUACUUCUUUGCGAAGCCGUCUUGGAAGUGGUAUGCGGGUGACACUGAACCGCCCACUGGUUAUGCGGUCGGGUCGAAGGACGACUGGUGUGAUUCUCAUCAGUUUCCACAAUCGAUGCGGGACCAUGUGGCACGCAUUGUGAAGGCGGUCCAGCUGCGUGUGCAGCAUAGUGGUUCCGACAGCGCCUACCAGCUUGUUCGCGGUUUUUACGGUCUGAGGGAGUUGGCGGACGCAAACAGACCGCAGAGGAAGAAGACCGUGAAGGCCGCCAAGGCGGGUGGUGCGUCCUCGUCUGUUGUAGCUGAUCCUCCGGCGACGUCUCCUGCUCCACCAACCGCUCCCCAACCUGCCCCGACUGAGGUAGGGUCGCUUCCCGUGACGCGAGGUGCGGGGAAGAGGUUGUGGCCGCAAGAGACCCCUGAAGCGGUCUCGAAGCGGGCUAAGGUCCGUGCUUCUCCUUCCAGGGUAGAAGAUAGACGCGGGAAGGGAGCCAAGCGGGUGGAAAAACCUUGCCUCGUGGAUGUUCCUCCCUUGGCCGCCACCGACACAGAAGCGGCAGAGUUGGCAUUUCACACGAUCAGUGAGCAGCUCGUGAUGCCAAAUGAGUACACCGCAAUGGCACAGGAGAGCAACCGCCGCCUGGCGGGGACCGCUUCGCAGUUCUUUUUUGGGGCCCAGAUCGGGUUUUCUCAAAUCAUCUUGCUCAACGACCGCCUAUCGAAGACGGUUGAUGACAACGUGGUCGAGAUCGCCAGCCUCAAGAAGAGCUUGGCGGAAGGUCGGUCUGCCUUGGUGGAGGAGUUGCGUCCCCAACUGGAGAAAGGCUUCGCCGAGCAGAUGGCUCGCAAGGACCAAGACUUAAAGGAUGAGAAGGAGGCUUCCAAGGCGGUUCGAGAGGAGAGGGACCGCCUUCGAGAUUCGCUUCAGAAGUCAGAAGAGAUUGAAAGGACUUUGCUUGAGGAGUAG